UUUAAAUGCUACUCUCACUAUACAAUUUUCAUAUGUAGUAAUGUCAAAGGGCAAAGAGAAGGUGAGCAGAAGCAAGCAGUUCAGGUGGCUGCCGCCCAUGCACUCAACGAUGCUUAGGCUACUUGCGCAGGAGGCUGCAAAGGGCAACAAGCCGUCUAGCACUUUCAAGGCAGGCUCCUUUGCUCUUGUAGUGAAGGAGAUAACUGCCCAAUUUGGGGUUGAGUGCCACCCCUCUUAUGUUGAAAAUCGGAUGCGGACUCUAAGAACCAUGUGGUCCACUAUUCAGACUGUUAGAAAGAAGAGUGGCUUUGGCUGGGAUGAUAACCUAAAAAUGAUAACAUGCGACGCGAAGACAUACCAAAAAGAAGUCAUGGCGCAUCGAAAGCAUGCGGAGCAUCUAAACAAAAAAAUUGAGAUGUAUGAUGAAUUAGCUAUUGUUGUGGGGAAGGACACAGACACGAGUGGCUUUUCUAAGUCCUAUGUGGAUAUUGAAAAUGAGCCAAACAUUGGGGAUAGGGAUGACAAUGUGGAGGAAGGUGUGGUCGAGAAAGGGAAGAAUGCAGUCAAGUCAUCCACCACUAGGUCGGGAAUUCCCAAGUCCUGUAAAAGAGGGCGUGCACCUUCUAAUGCUGAUGAUAGUGUGCUGACUGAUCUGUCUGAUUAG